AUGGGUAUUGCCUGUCCCUUGUUGGCUGCCUCCUUGCUUUUAUGUUCAUUGCUUGCCAUUGCUUCUGCCAAUGACUAUGGCGUUUAUGAUUCAUCCAAAACACAAGCUUAUGGUUAUGGUACUGCAAAGCCAGUCAACCAACAACAGGUGGAAAAGGAAGAGAAGACUGAUUAUGGCAGUAAGUCGAAUGUCUAUAAAUCACAGCCAGAAGAGAAGGGAAAGCCAUUGUUAGAAGCAACAGCAAGUAUCGGUUACGGCACAAAAUCAGCUUACAAACCACAACCAGAAAAGCCUGAUUAUGGCACUAAGCCAAACUCCUAUAAACCACAGCCAGAUCAAGAGAAAGAGAAGCCAAUGCCAGAAGAGACAGAAAAUUCUGGUUAUAGCACAAAACCAGAAAAGCCAGAGUCAAAACAGGAAGAAAAGCCAGAGUCAAAACAGGAAGAAAAGCCUGACUAUGGCACCAAGCCAAAUUACUAUGAACCACAGCCAGAUCAAGAGAAAGAGAAGCCAAUUCCAGAAGAGACAGAAAAGUCUAGUUACAGCAAGAAACCAAUCUACCAACCACAACCAGAAAAGCCAGAGUCAAAAGAGGAAGAAAAGCCUGAUUAUGGCACCAAGUCAAACUCCUAUAAACCACAACCAGAUCAAGAGAAAGAGAAGCCACUGCCAGAAGAGACAGAGAAGUCUGGUUACAGCACAAAACCAGUCUAUCAACCACAACCAGAAAAGCCAGAUUCAAAGCAGGAAGAAAAACCUGACUAUGGAACCAAGCCAAAUUACUAUAAACCACAGCCAAGUCAAGAGAAAGAGAAGCCAAUUCCAGAAGAGACAGAAAAUUCUGGUUAUAGCACAAAACCAGUUUAUUAUCAACCACAACCAGUAAAGCCAGAGUCAAAACAGGAAGAAAAGCCUGAUUAUGGCACCAAGCCAAACUACUAUAAACCACAGCCAGAAGAGACUGAAAAGCCUACUUACACCACGAAACCAAUCUACCAACCACAACCAGAAAAUGAAGAAAAACCUGGUUAUGACGCUAAAAAUGACUUCAAUCUGCAGCUACCAGAAGACAAAGAAAACCCAAAGUUAGAAAAUGAAGAACACCCAAAUUACAACGCAAACCCAGUCACGGAUUUCUACAAACCAAAACCUGAAGUUCUUCCCGUUGGUGUUGAAGGGCUUGUUUUAUGUAAAUCAGGUCCCAAGCAUUACCCAAUUCGAGGAGCUUUGACAAGGAUAACGUGUCUAACUGUUGAUGAAAAUGGGCACGAGAAGACUCACUCGGUUUGCAGCGGAGAAACUGAUGAACACGGUUACUUCUUGGCGAGAUUGUCUCCUUCAGGCCAUGACGACGUCGAUCUGUGGAGCAAGCUCAGAGAUUGCAAGGCGUUCCUUGAGAGCUCUCCGUUGGAGACCUGUAACGUUCCCGUGGAUGUCAACAAAGGCAUUAGUGGCGCUCCGCUUUCUGGUUUCCGUGUUCUCCAUCAUAUGGGGAUGAAGCUUUUCUCCGUGGGACCUUUCUUCUUCACCCCUCAACUUACUCCAGUCCCCAAUGGCUAUUAAA